AUACAUAUACGAUAUAGUACUCUUAAUAUUCGUGAGCUCUGUGAGGCGCAAGAAUUUAUAAAGGGCGGCACUCUAAAGCGUGUGUAUUCAGGGAGUGGAUUGUGUAACUCAAAUGUAGUAAAAAUACGAAAAGUAAUAGCCGGUAACUAAUCGCAUGUUAGGGUCAAAAGAAGAGAAGCACAACGAUUGGCUAACGGCUAUUCACUUUUACCAUUUUCACUACAUUUUAGUUACAUAUAAUUCUUAUUGUUGACACCUGCUGAAAGAGAAUGCUUGUGCGCGUGAAAAGUAAUCCUGAUGGGAAAGAGGACUGGGUUUUAAUCGAGUUGCAGGGCGAUGUGGAUACAUCUAAUGGCGAGCAUAUGAAGAGUCAAAACAUUGGGGAUUUUCAUUUUGCCAAAGAUGGUACUCCAAUCCUUAUUAUAGGGUACCACAUUUUGUACGGGAAAGAUACUCCAAUGAGUAAACCCAUAGCAGUUUUAAAAAAGAAAUCUAAUAGUGAAGGAUGUCUAAAUGAAGAACACCCUGCAGAAUAUACAGUGAUAGCAAUUGCUAAGAGGAAGAUAAUAUUCAAGACCCGACCAAAACGUAUUGUUAAUCACUUCAUAACACAGUAAUUGUAUGUAUAUAAAUACUUUGUUGGAUUCCUAAUAAAAUAGACGAUUAUGAAAAAGAGUGUGAUUUACUUUA